AUGGCGACGGUUGCUUCGGCGACCGGGUUCCGUGCGCAGAUUCAUCUCCACCCCCGCUCGUCUUGCUCGCCGUCCGCCUCGUCUUCUUCGCCAUCAUCAUCCUCAUCUUCCUCAUCUUCUUCCCUCCUAAAUAUCAAUUGGAGAGUCGCGCCCGCUAGAGCGCCUCUCCUGCAUUCCGAUUUCCUCAACAAUGCCUCGGUUCUACCGCUCCGAUCGCUGUCCAGGGACCGGGCGCCUCUGUCCUACAAGAGGAAGGGAGUCGCCGCUGUCCGCAUGUCGUGGGAUGGCGCCCUCUCUUCCGUCCGCUUGAUUGUCCAGGGUAAAAACCUCGAGGUAGCUGUUGCGUGCUCCCCCGCAUUUCCCUCUCAUAAUUUUUUGUGAAUUUAUCUUUGUAUACUGGUCUGUGCCUGAUUCAAGGUCUUCUGCUUUUGGUUCUGUGGGAUUAGCUGACAGAAGCACUAAAAAAGCACGUAGAGGACAAGUUGGGCAAAUCGGUGCAGAAGCACAGCCACCUCGUCAGAGAGGUCGAUGUCCGGCUGUCCCUUCGUGGUGGAGAAAUCGGUGGCAAAGGGCCCAAGCUCCGCCGAUGCGAGGUGGCUCUCUGUCUGAUCUCUUCCUCUUCAUCACUCCUGCCAUUUUUGUCCACCCUUUGGGUACUGAACUCAUUCGCGAUCACCUAAUGGCGUUGCCUGUGUAUCUAUUCCAGGUGACUCUGUUCACCAAGAAGCACGGGGUCGUGAGGGCAGAAGAGGACUCGGAGACUACUUACGGUAGCAUAGACUUGGCCUCCUCAAUCAUACAGAGGAAGCUGAGGAAGAUCAAGGAGAAGGAUACAGACCAUGGCCGGCACAUGAAGGGAUUCAACCGGCUCAAGGUCCGGGACACAGAUGUUCAGGACGAUCUUAGUGAAGGAGAGGAGGCGGAAGAUGACGUUGUGGUGAAUGUGCCCGAGGAAGGGGAAGAGGAUAUACUGAAUGAGGUGCGUGUCUCUUAUCUUUUCAAUACCCUCUGAAAGGUAACGUCUCUUCUCUUCGUCGUUUCUCUUUCGUCUGGUGCGGCUUGGAGAUACUUAGAUUAAACAAAAUCUUCCAUGAAAACGUGCUUUGUUAGAGAUCAUCCUUUACUCAUUGCUUGUUUUGCUAUUAUUGAAUUGGUUUCGACAAUGCCAUCUUCUAGCUCAUAUGAAAUUGCCAGGCCUGAUUUGCCUUCUCCCCUGAUCAGCCAUUUUGGAAUGAUCAUUCUCACGUGUAGAUGUUGGCUACGCAAUAUCAUGAUAUUUUGUAAUAUAUUCUUUUGGAACGAUAAUCAUGGCGCAAUAUAUCAGCUUGGGCAAAUUUUCUUCCUGCACUUGAGAAAUCUCCCAUUAUGUGUCGUCAGUACACAGUGAUUGUGACUGUUUCAGUUUUUUUCAGCUUAAAAAUCUAUCUUGUCUUAGAUUCUUUGUUCUUUCUCACCUGUGGUUUUCAGUGGACAUAUAUGCAUACUUCUUUUCUAUCCACAGAGGAUUGGGUAAAGUUUCUUUAGGAAUGAUCUGCGUUGGGUUUUGUGUUCUCGUGCUAGACAUUUUUACCUGAAAUUGUCACCUGUUCAUUGCGUGAUUCUCUGGACCCACUGAGUGAACCUCGACAUCUUCCUCUACAUUAUGAACUCCUUUUCUGGAAAAUGUCAGGGGAUUGGAGUGUUUGGGGAGUUAUUUCUUGUGAAUAUCUUCUGUGCAUUACAAGCAUAUUCUCACGUUUUUUACUCAGAUUUCCUUAUGAAUAUUCAUUAUUUAUCAGAUCUUUGUUCUUGUGUGGGAAUCAGGAUGUGAUAGAUCUGUACUCACGGGUUCUUGUUUUCACUUGAACGAUAUCCCCAAUAGAUCUGGGUCAAUGAUUUUAUUCCAAAGCCUGUUUUUUUUUUAUGAAUGUAGAGAAUUUUGACCCGUAUCUCAGAUCGAUGAUCUGUUUUUAUUCAACAAUUUCGAACGACCGUUUUCAGAGAACGGGACAGUAUUAAUUUUUCAUGCAUAGGAUUAGGUCAACUCUCUCCUUUUUCUUGCCCUGAUGCUGCCAAUGUGGUCAGGUCAAACCUCUCAGCCCUGAUGAGACCCUCAGACGAUCAUUAUAAAGCCCACGAAGUGCUGUGUUGAUCUGGUCAAAUGAUCUUUUUAUGUUCGCCUUCCAUGAUUGUCGGAGCUUCUUUAUAAAGUAUAAAAACCAUCAUGACAGAUAGUAUCUUGCACCACCUUUCUUGAACUGCCCUUGGGACUAUUUUCCAGUUGGGGAACUCAUUUAGACUUGGGUUGACCUUGAAGUGACCUCUCCUAUCUUCCCUGAGAUCCAAAACCUUCAUCUGUGUUGGUUGUUCCAUGCUGAUCCUGCAAUGGCGAUCUUUACCUCAGGUCGUGAGAACGAAGUACUUCGAAAUGCCCCCGUUGACCCUAUCAGAGGCCAUGGAGCAGCUGGAGAAUCUUGACCACGACUUCUACGGCUUCAGAAACGACGAAACGGGUAAAGAUAAAAAAAAACCCCUCCCCUCGUCUUCUUUUGUCUACGUUGUCAGCCUGGAAGUUUCUCUGAUGAUCUCGGUCAACCCCAAUCUAUCUACCUGGCAGGCGAAAUCAACAUAUUAUACAAGAGAAAAGAGGGCGGGUAUGGGCUCAUCAUCCCCAAGAAGGACGGAAAGGUGGAGACCCUCGACGCCGUCAUCCCUGAACCCUCCGUCGUGAAACAGGUGAAAGGAUAG